AUGUCGGCCCCAUCUUUUGCGGAACUGGAGGUUGCUGCAGGUGCUGUUAUUGCGAUUCUCAAAACUAUGCCCGAAUUCUCGAACGCCAAAAUUGCCGUGAUCGGAGGUCUAGGGCUCUGGAACUACCUUCGGGGUUAUCGAACGACUGAGGACGUCGACUUUCUGAUAACUGUCCAAGGGGCUCCGAAGGCAGUGAAAGAUAAACUCCUUGCUUUGCCGUCAACGCCAUUCCAACAGCAAGCUCAGCUAUUUUUCUACAAAAGCCCAGGCGGAAAAUUGGUCCAGAUUGAUAUAACGCCAGAGUGGCAGUCGCCUUACGUUCCACCCACAGCACUCCCAAUACUAGCUGUUCGGCCGGGUUCCUUGCCUUAUAUCUCUGAGCUCGAUCUUCUCGUAUUCAAAAUUAAUAGCUGUGGGCUGAGACCCACGCCAGCCAAAAAAUUGCGUGAUGCAGCUGAUGCCAGGACCCUGGCAGAAGAUCUCAGUUCAAAAGGUCCCAUUUUCCUGUCAUCUAUACAGAUGGAUGCGGUGCUGAAGGGCCUUGAUGAUGUGGUUCAACUAUCGAGAAAAGACAAGGCCUGGUGGGUCACAAAAUUAAAUCUGAGCUGA